AUGCAGGGUGUAGUGGAUCCAGAGACGCUCUACACCAAGCAGAACUGUAUUGGUGGCGGGAGCUUCGGUAAGGUCUAUAAAGGAGUCGACAAGCGUACGGGCCAGUCCGUGGCAAUCAAGAUCAUUGACGUCGAGAAUGCCGAGGACGAAGUGGAGGAUAUCAUCCAAGAGAUUUCGAUCUUGUCGGAACUCAAUUCGCCUUUCGUGACGAAAUACCAUGGCUCGUUCUUGAAGGGAUCAGAUCUGUGGAUCAUAAUGGAGUUCUGUUCAGGUGGAAGCUGUUCGGAUCUUAUGCGCCCAGGCCUCAUCCCCGAGGAGUACAUUAUGAUCAUACUGAGGGAAUUGUUGAUGGGUCUGGACUAUCUGCAUAGUGACAAGAAGCUGCAUCGGGAUAUCAAAGCUGCAAAUGUGCUGCUAAGUGCCAAUGGCCAGGUCAAGCUCGCGGAUUUUGGUGUCUCUGGCCAGUUAUCAGCUACGAUGACCAAGAAGAACACAUUUGUUGGGACACCGUUCUGGAUGGCACCAGAGGUCAUCAAGCAGUCGGGUUACGAUCAUAAGGCAGACAUCUGGUCUCUUGGUAUUACCGCCAUUGAACUUGCCCAGGGUGAACCUCCUUAUUCGGACAUACAUCCGAUGAAGGUGCUUUUUCUGAUCCCCAAGAACCCGCCUCCAACGCUGCAGGGAAACUUCAGUAGAUCUUUCAAAGACUUUGUUGAGCUGUGCCUGAGAAGAGAUCCGCGGGAACGGCCAUCAGCAAAGGAGUUACUCAAACACCCGUUCAUAAAACGUGCAAAGAAAACGACCUACCUGACCGAACUUAUUGAGCGAUACGAACGGUGGCAGGCCAUACAUGGUCACAGAUCGGCCGAGGAGGAUGAGGACGACGGUGUUCCGCAGCCGGCUCCGAAACCGACACCAGAGGAGGAAGAUCUCUGGGAUUUCGGUACCGUCAGACCAGCAGGUCGCUCGGGCGGGCUGAAGGCGAUGAACGACUCUGCAGCAAAUGCACGCAGCCAAGCAUCCGAGGCCGCCACUCGUCCCUCGGAUCAAUCAGGAAAGGCGAUGCCAGACUGGGAUUUGGGAGAGGAUACGCCUGUGAAAGACAAAACGAAGGGUCAAAGUUCACCACAGAAGUCGCCGCAGAAGCAAAUGUUUCCCUCUGGGACAGUACAACAAAUGCCAGUAUCCCCAUCGAAAGUACCGCUUCCCGCAUCUCCCCAGAAACAGGCCCCGAGACCGUCCGCGCCGCCCGGGACUCCUUCACAUCUAGCCACGCCGCAGCCUAUCCCUCAGAAAGAGAGCCCUGCUUCAAGUGAGUAUGAUAGAGCUCUACAGCGGUCUCUUGCCCAGGAUCUGGGAUUCCUGCAGCUGGGGUCGCCAGCAAACACUCCACCUGCUUCGCAGACCCAACGGACCCCGAAGGCGCAAGAACCUAUAUUACGGAAACCGGCACCUAUACAGCCAGAAGACAUCCCCUCCUCUCGUAGCACUUCGACUAUACAGACUCCAGCAUCGCCCAGUCCUCCGCAGCGGCAGGUCGCCGGGGGCGAACGGCAUGGUGCGCCUUCAUUCUCGCCGCGUCCGUCCCCUAUCACACAAUCUCCACAGAGGCCACAGACUAGCCAUCGCCCUACACAGUGUCAGGAAAAUGAGAGGCAACUACGGCCCCGUAAAAGUACAGACUCGAACAUUGUUCCGCCGCCAGCUUCAACACCAUCGCAUCAAAUUACCGCGUUAAACGGUGUCAUCCUACCCGCUCUGGAAGCAGCUCUCCACCGUCGUGCAUAUCAUGUUGACAUGCUCAAUCGGAGCUCGAGCACAAGCAGCAAGCAGUUGCCGCCAGCAGCGAUCGACCUACAACAGAGGCGCCAGUAUGCGCACGAGAAACUGAAGAGGCUUGUAGUCAAGGCUGCCGGUCUCUUCAGCGAGAUAGAACGCUGGGACAACGAGGCCCCAGUCGGGAUGGGUGGAGAAGUCGGCCCUUUCCUCGAAGGGUUCCUAGAAGAAAUCCUCAUCCGGGUUGAACCGGCAGAUGAUGAGCUGGGUCCAUCAAAAGCUUGA